AUGUCUGUAUCUGUGAGUGCUAAAAUCGUACAGACAACGAUACAGUCAAUCAUACGGUCUCAGCUCGAGCGUUCAUCCAUGGCCAGCGGCUCCUUUGUAUACGAAAACCGUACAGUGUGGGAUGUGGAAGACUCCUGGAAUCUUCUGACCUGGCAGGAUUUCGAUGACAACGGGCCUCAGUUGCCACAGGCCGCCUUGGCGGUAGACCAGGGCUCGUCGGUGACGCAGUCUGGACAGCUUCCAUCGCCCUCGAAUCAUCCCACAUAUUUAAAAGAUUCUCAGAGGACUCUCUCUCCGAGCAACUACAGUAUCCCCCACCCCGUCGCUCUCCUCAGUAAUGAUCCUGGUAAUAACCACAAUGACGCAAGUAUUUUAUGCAAUUCGGAAACUCUUCAGGAACCGCGUCGACAUGACGACGACGACGAUCCCAUGUAUUCGCAAAUCCAGCGAGCGAUGAUGUCGCCGACGGAGAAGGGUCCGCACCGAAAGGAAACAUUUAACUCCAAUGCACGCUUCCUUACAAAUGCUACACCUUCAGCGCAAGUUGUGGACAGAGACUGGCCGGUUUCCUCAACCCAAAUCAUCUAA